AUGGAGAAAUACUUCAUUGUGAAGCACACGCGGCGAGAUGGAGGGGCUUAUGCUCGUGAAGCUAUCCAAGUACCUCGGAUCGAGCCGGUCGCUAGUGUGUUGAGCCAGAUAUUGAGGAGAUUUCAAGGCAAUAAUUUUACUGGUGCCAUUCCAUCAUUUUUAAGUUUGUUACCAAAUCUUCGCAUUGUGCUCCUUUCAAGGAACCAGUUCUUCGGAGGAAUCCCAUCUUCUCUUUCCAACCUAACAAAGCUGGAAUUCAUUGGAACUGUACCAAGAAAUCUAGCUAACUUGACAGCAUUUACAAUAUUAGAUCUUCGAGACCUGCACUUAGAAGGAAAGAUACCAGUGGAGCUAGGUUAUCUUACGAAACUCCAGGUGCUGUCAUUAUACAAUAAUGUGUUUACUGGUCCCGUACCUGCUAGCAUUUUCAACAUGUCAGAACUGCAGAUCAUAGGACUUGCAGGAAACAGGUUUUCAGGUACUCUACCUUCAGAUUUAGGCCGUCGACUGCCCAACCUGGAAAAAUUUUCUUGUUCAAGUAAUCUUUUGAGCGGUUUUAUCUCGUCUUCAAUCUCAAAUUCUUCAAGACUCAUGGGACUUGAUAUCUCAUGGAAUAGUUCCACAGAUCCAAUUCCUGAAUCACUUGGUAACUUAGAAUAUCUUGAGAUUUUACACUUGGGGAGUAAUAAGUUUUUCAGUGAUUCAGCAUUGAGCUUCCUUACAUCACUCACAAACUGUAGGGAACUAAGAGGUUGUAAACUGAAGGGCGUCAUUGCGGAAGAAAUUGGUAAUCUUACUGGAAUGACAAUGAUGAUGCCACCAUGCUUAGGAAGUGUUACCAGUUUGAGGAAACUUUAUCUAGCUAACAACAGGUUGAAUUCAAGAUUACCUGCAAGCUUAGGGAGCCUUCAACAUCUCAUAGAAUUCAAUGUUUCGUCCAAUUUAUUCAGUGGGCAAAUUCCUCUAGAGAUUGGAAAUUUAAAGGCUGCAACACUCAUCGAUCUGUCAAAAAAUGAUUUUUCUCGUAAGAUCCCCAACAUCUUAGGAUUGCGAACGAAAAAGAAGAAUGCAGGUCAAGCAGAUGUGUCUCUGGUAAAAGGGCAUGAAAGAAUUUCCUAUUAUGAACUUGAACAAGCAACAAAAGGAUUCAGUGAAAGCAACUUGCUUGGUAGUGGGAGUUUCAGCAUGGUCUAUAAAGGGAUACUUAAGGAUGGUACUCUUUUGGCAGCAAAGAGAUUAAAUAUAAUGAUAGAUGUUGCAUCUGCAAUGGACUAUCUCCACAAUGGCUAUUCAACACCUGUGGUGCAUUGUGAUAUGAAGCCAAGCAAUGUCUUGCUAGAUCAAGAUAUGGUUGGCCAUGUCACUGAAAUUGUUAGCUGCAGGAGACGCUUUUGUUCUAACUUAGGACAAUCGCAACCAUAG